ACUAGCUUCCUUUUCCCAUUGACGAGUAGAGGAGACGCACGCAAAGGCAAAGGCGGAGAACAGGACAGGGGCAGCACCGUCCACCUCGUCCAUUUUUUCCUCUUCCUCCUCGCCUCCACCCCUUCCCUUCCAUCUCCUUCCACCCGGCCACUCCUCUCCCUCUCUCUCUCCCGCGCCGAUCGAUUGGCCCACCCAUCGAUCGAGCACGGGGAAGAAGAUUCCAGUCCGGAGAGGGUCCAAUUCGAUCGGGUUCGUUGCUGGUGUGGGUGGGCGCCAUGGCGGCGACGGAGGCCUUGGCAGAUAAGAACGCCGUCUUCCGCAAGCUCCGCGCCAAAUCGGACAACAAGAUGUGCUUCGAUUGCAACGCCAAGAACCCGACGUGGGCGUCCGUCACCUACGGCGUCUUCCUCUGCAUCGACUGCUCAGCGGUGCACCGCAGCCUCGGCGUCCACGUCUCCUUUGUCAGGUCAACAAAUUUGGAUUCGUGGACUCCAGAACAGUUGAGAAUGAUGGUCUAUGGAGGAAACAACCGUGCACAGGCUUUCUUUAAGCAGCAUGGUUGGACCGAUGGUGGAAAGAUUGAAGCAAAGUAUACUUCAAGAGCAGCUGACUUGUACCGGCAGUUGCUUGCUAAAGAGGUUGCUAAAAGCUCCACAGAAGAUGGCAACAAUAGUUGGCCGUCUUCCCCAGUUGCAGUUUCCCAGGGUCCAAAUCAAGCUCCUGCAUUUCCAGAUCUCAAGCUGACAGAGGUGUCAAAAGAAAAUGUAAGUGAAAAGAAAGAGCCUGAGAUUGUUCGUUCGCCUAGAGCUCCAACCCAUUCUUUCAAGAAGCCGAUUGGUGCUAAAAAGCCUGGAAAUAAGACUGGUGGACUUGGUGCGCGGAAGCUUACAUCAAAGCCAAAUGAAAGCCUCUAUGAGCAGAAGCCCGAAGAACCAGCUCCCAUCCUGCCAUCGGUGACUGAGAGUACUGCAACUAGGAGCAAACCCCAUACUUCUCGAUUUGAAUAUGUAGAAAAUGCACCUGCCGCUCCUAAGACUGGUAGCAGCUCAGAAGACAACCACAUGAGUGGACAUGUUGCACCCCCAAAGUCGUCGAACUUCUUUGCUGAAUUUGGGAUGGACAGUGGAUAUCACAAAAAAUCUACAUCCAGCUCAUCCAAAGUGCAGAUUGAGGAAAGCAGUGAAGCAAGACAGAAAUUCUCGAAUGCAAAAUCAAUUUCAUCCUCUCAGUUUUUUGGUGAUCAAGCCAGUUUUGAAAAGGACGCUCAAGUCUCUCUCCAAAAGUUUUCAGGUUCUUCUGCCAUAUCAAGUGCUGAUCUAUUUGGCCAUCCAGCAAACAAUCCUAGAGUGGAUCUCAGUGCUUCAGAUUUGAUCAACAGAAUUUCAUUCCAGGCCACUCAGGAUCUGUCUUCUCUCAAGAACAUGGCAGGGGAAACGGGGAAAAAGUUGACAUCGAUGGCAUCCAACAUCAUCACUGAUCUUCAGGACCGCAUCCUCUGAGAUUAACUUACAGUAAAGUAACCUUUACAUUGCUUCAGUGGCUGGCUUCUCCCGGCAACCCGGGUGACAAACUGGCCUGGCCUGCAGAUCUUUGUAGGAGUUCGUAGGCGUCUGAGAACUUCCUGGCAGAUCUGUCUAGGAGUUCGGAAGCAUCUGAAAACCUGAAGUGUAAGUUAGAGGGAUAGAGGGGGAAAGAAGAAAACUUAUGGCGAAUGCUGUACUUGGCUAAGUCAUGUAUGCAUCUGGAGCUGUAACGGGAAUGUCUUUUUGAAGUUGGUUUUAUUUCGGUUCGAGAUAUAUACUUUUGCUUUAAAUGAUAAUUAUAUGAGUAGUACAUACAUGUUUUCCAA